AUGAAACUCAUACAAUUGUUCAUAUUUCUUUCGACUUAUCGAACAUGUUCUACUCGUUAUUCGUUUUAUCAAUCGAAUAAUAAACAAACGUUCGAUUGUUUAUAUUCUCAUAUACAAUAUUCCUAUGAAACCAAGAAUGGAGCUUAUCUUACCUUGUAUCAUCUUGUUCCUUAUUGUCGACGAUUGAACGAGAGUGAAACAUUAGUUUCCAUUCCCGAUGAAAAUGUUCAAAAUAAGAUCAGUUUUAAAGAUUUAUCAAGAAAUGGAAUUACAAGUUCGCAAUUAUUGGAUUGGUUCGCUCCGAUUGAUAUUGCAGAAGAAUAUGAAAUCAAUGGAAAGUAUUCCGAUGAAUUCUUUUACAAUUGUUCCUCUCCUUGGUUUGGUUCGACAUGUCAAUAUCAAUUAAUUGAUGAUAAACAAGUUUCCUUUGGUCGACUCGUUCGUCUCACAUUUCGUGCACGUGGGUCGCCACCGCCAAAUAUCAGCGGCUUUCCUGUUGGUACCUGUUAUCCAUUCUUGACUAGUUGUAUUCGUGGCCCAUCACCAAUAUGUCUCGAUUGGCGCGAGAUCUGCAAUGGCAUUUACGAUUGUGUCGAUGGAACAGAUGAGCAAUUUUGUCAUUUAUUAAAACAAAAUCAAUGUGCAAACGAUGAAUUUCAAUGUCAAAGAAGUAAAGAAUGUAUUCCACGAGUAUUUCUUAAAGAUCAAGAAGACAGUUUGGAUUGUCUUGAUGGUAGUGAUGAAGUGGAAUCUGUCGUAUUCGAACCUGGAAAUGUAUGUUUCAGACUUGCGACUUUUGAAUGUGAAGAAAUUGCAUAUGGAGUCUAUAAUUACUUUUCGUGUGGUGAUGGUGAGAUUAAGCUACACUCGAUGCCUCGUUUCGAUUACUUUUGUUCCAAUUUACGAGAUCAACAUACGACAAUGACUCUCUUUACUUCAUUUGAUUAUAUUUCGAAUUUCGCCUGUCGACAAUUUCUCAUAUGUUCGAUUCGUCCGGAUCGAAUCAAAUUUCUUUCACAUUUACAGAAUCAGAUUCAUUGUAACGUGUCUCUCGAACAAUGUCCACUCGAAUGGCUCGUUUUCCCUCAAUAUCCAAUCCUAUACUCAUUUUUCCAGUUUGUCUAUUUCACAAACCGAACGAUAUCUCCAUCAUCAGAUGAUGUGACACCAGAUUUAGUUUGUUUCAAUGUAACUCGAUGUCCAGCCUAUUUGUUUUGUUCGGUUGAUAUUGGAAUGCGUAGUGGGCUGCAUUGUUGCAACGCUCGGAAUAUAACUCGUGGCAAAAUGUAUUACUGGCGCUCAUUUCAAAACAUUUUUCCAAGUGUUUUACAAAAUUGUUUCAGAACCACUCGAAAUGAGAACUAUUUAUCGAUUGAUAAAGAGCGAAAUCCUUCUGGAAGUAUUGAUAAUCAAUGGGUUAACUCACCCAAAACAUUUGUAUUUGGAUAUUUUUGUAAUGAUUAUAUCAAUAUCAAAGACAAUACUGAAACUGACGACAAUGACGAAACCGACUGUCAUUUCUGGCCAUGUAACAAUCCAUACACUCGAUGUGAUCGGUAUUUACAUUGUUUAAAUGGUAUCGAUGAACUUAAUUGUCCAAAUAGUCCAUGUUUAUCUAAUGAACUGAGUUGUGAAGAAACAGUAUGGGAAUCAUCUGAUAUACAUCAUUGUUUAUCCGUCGCACAUUUAGUUGAUGAUUAUACAAAAUUUGAUCCACGAACAUUUUCCCGUGUGAUAUUUUUCAAAAAUGAAACUAUUGAGAAUGUCACUGAUUAUUUGUUUUGGAAUGACACGAAAUGCAUCACUAUGGAACAUCUUUAUCACGGUCAUUUUGUAUCAUCUACGGGGAAUGAGGAUGUUUGCUUAAUUCCUAAAUAUCCUAAAAGUGCCCGUUAUGGUGAUUGUAUGUUUAGUAGAAACAACAAGAUACUAUGCAGAUUUGAUUCGCAUGCCUAUUAUGCAAGUCGACAAAGACCGUUUCUUCAAUCAUCACGCUUAGGUUAUUUUCCAAUGAUUAAAUCAGAAAUUUUAAAUCAAUCAUCGGAAGUUUCAAUAAAAGAACCCACUUUUAUCUACCUUGAUGCCAAUGAGGUUCGUAGUUGGUAUUGUAAUCGAGGAUUUGCCGUUCUUUAUCGAAAUAAUCAAACAAUGGAAUGUCUUUGUCCACCAGCUUAUUUCGGUCCACGAUGUCAAUGGCAAAAUCAACGUGUCAGUCUGACAUUUCGAUUGAAACAUUUUGCUUUCACAUAUGAAAUGCCCAUUUUCCAAGUCAUCCUCAUGCUUAUUGAUGAUCAAGGACAAAUUUCCCCAUAUCAUGAACAAACAAUUCAUUUACCAAAACGUGAUUGUGGAAUCAAAUAUAAUUUCUAUUUACUUUAUCCAUCUCAACCCAAAAAUUCCUCAAUGAAUUAUUCAGUUCGAAUCGAUGUAUUCAAUCGAAGAUCAUUGACACAUUGGGCAAGUUGGCAUUUACCUAUACUUUUUCCAUUCCUCCCCGUCAAUCGUAUUUCCGCAUAUUUACUCAUUCCUUUAAAUCCACAAGAAACUGAAUUCUCGUGUCCAUUAUCAUGUGAAAAUCAUGGAAAAUGUCUCAAAUAUGCGAACACAAAUUUGUCGUACUUUUGCCAAUGUGAUUCAGGUUAUUCGGGAUCAAAUUGUCAACUUAAACACAAUUGCUCCUGCUCAGCCGAUUCAUUUUGUCUUAGUUCAUCCAUUUGCAUCUGUCCAUUAUACAAAUUUGGUUCGAAAUGUUCUCUAACGCGUCAAGUAUGUCAGUCAUCGGAAAAUCCUUGUAAAAAUGGUGGUCAAUGUGUCCCGAUUGAUGAUCGUCUUGCUUUGAAUAACUUCACAUGCCUUUGUAAAGAGGAAUUCUUUGGCGAUCAAUGUGAAAACGUUCAAAAUCGAAUUGACAUUGAAUUUAAUGCCCAUAAGAUCGCAAUGGACUCACCAAUUUUAAUUCAUCUGAUCACAAUUUAUGAAACAUCGAAUCACUCACAUAGUACAAUCUUAAAACAAAUGAAAUACGGACAAAAUCAAUUGACAAUUCGGACAACAAAUCCGUUUCAUUUGGUUUUUGUAGAAAUUCUUCAAGAAGGUUUCUAUUUAAUUGUUAAACGUGAACAAUUCAUCAAAUUCGAACACAUUCAAACGAAAUUAUCAGUCAAUUCUCGAUGUACGUUUGUCAAUGAAUUGCUCAAUGAAUCUUCUCAUUAUCUUUAUCGAAUGAAAUUUUAUCCGCAGUUAUGUCGACAAAACAAACAAUUGAUGUGUUUUUACGAUGAAAUUUACAUGUGUAUUUGUGAUGAAGAUCGUUUUUCCAAUUGUUUCUCAUUCAAUCGAAACACAACUUAUGAUUGUGAUCAAAGCGAGAAUCCGUGUGAAAAUAAUGGAAAAUGUUUUAUAACAAAUCGAACUUGUUCGAGUACACUGAAAUGUUUAUGUUCAGGUUGUUUUUAUGGAACGAAAUGUCAAUUUACCACUGAAGGAUUCGUUUUAUCUCUGGAUUAUAUUCUCAGUUAUCAUAUUAAACCGAAACUUUCGUUUUCUCAUCAACCAUUUAUUGUGAAGAUGAGUGUCGGAAUCGUUACAGUGAUGUUUCUCAUGGGAUUUAUCGGUGGAUUAUUAUUGAUUGCGACGUUUCGCGAGAACAACACUCGAACAACUGGUUGUGGAUUGUAUUUAUUCGCAUCCGGAUGGACUUCGAUUUUCAUUGUCUGUGUAUUAGUAAUGAAAUUCUCUCAAUUGCUUCUAUUACAACUGAAAAGUUACGAUAAUCUGUUCAUUCUUCGUUUCAAUUGUAUUCUAUUAGACGCGUUGAUUAAAAUUCUUUUAGCCAUCAAUGAUUGGCUCGAUGGUUGUGUUUCAAUCGAACGGGUGAUCACAGUUAAACAAGGAAUCAAAUUUGAUAAAAAGAAAAGUAAACGAAUGGCGAAAUGGAUGAUUUUAUUCGUUACUCUUCUUUCGAUUUUCACUCAUCUUCAUGAUCCUCUUCAUCGUCAAUUAAUCGAAGAUAUUGACAUUGAUGAAGAACGAAUCUGGUGUAUCACUCAGUAUUCACCUUCAACUAGUAUUUACAAUUCAUUUAUAACUCUCUUUCACUUUCUCGCGCCGUUUACAAUUAACUUUUUCUCAACGAUCAUAAUUAUCAUUGCAAUCGCUCGAAAUCGAUCCGUUGCUCAACAAAGAUUAACAUAUGUCGAACAUUUGAAAUUACAAUUCAAUGAACACAAACAUCAUUUUAUUGCUUCAUUUACUUUAGUUUUCCUCGGAUUACCUCGUCUCGUCAUCUCAUUCAUCAGUGGAUGUAUGAAAUCACCGAGUAAUUCGUGGCUGUUUUUAUCCGGAUAUUUAGUUUCGUUUUUACCAUCGAUGAUGACGUUUGUCGUUUAUGUUUUGCCGUCCAAAACUUAUAAAAAUGAAUUUAAUAAUGUCGUCCGGAAGACGCUGCAACAGUUUCAUCGUUAA